AUGCCUACUCAACUUGACAGAGCACUCAACUCCAAGAACCUCUUCUUCGGAUUCGCAGGUCUGGUUGCCGCAUCAGCAGCAUGGUCGAUCUUUGGCAGCGACAUGUUCCCUCAGCAGCCUGAUCCCACUGGUGAGGAAGAAACGAGAAGAUGGUUGAAUCGUCGUAACCUCAUGGCCAGCAGCUCAUCAACAAAGGAGGAGCUUUUGGCUAGAGUCAAGGCCAACAUGCGUGCACCUCAGUAG